GAGCACGUUAGCCAACACUUUGAAGGACAGCGCCACAUGACGGAGUGUCACAUUUACUUAACAAGAAAUUCCUUUCUGUGGAGUGGACGUGGAUAUAUGAAAACGACCUCUUUGCUUCAAUGUGUGUGACAAAGGAGUUUGGUGUUUUCCACUGUCAAACACGUACCAGAUGACCAUCCCUGUGUCAACCCUGAGUCAGAGCAAAGCUAAGUUGCAGGUAAAGUGUCUGUGUGUGCUUAUGUUCCUGAGCUUCCCCCAGGCAAUGACUGAGAUCCCUGGUCCAUGCAGACACUCAAUUACUAGGGACCACCUGCUGACGGUUCGGCAGCUGAUGGAUAACCAGUUGAGGAGCGGAUGUUCAAUUACGUACACAUUCAUAGAACGGAGAACGUUGAGCAAAUGUUGUUUUGUGAAAGCUGCAUUACCUUGGAUAUUGGAGCUGCUCACUACCCACUUCAAGUACAGCCGGGGUUCAGUAAAUGAUGGCUAUGUUCAGACCCUGAGAAGAGUCAUUCUUAACAUUUAUUCUCAGAGGUGUGUGCCUGAGAUCAAUGAAGAGGUUGAGGAUAAGCCUGAGAGUUUUGAAAUGGUCCACCGUGGGUCUCCUUUAGACGCCCUGCGGAAAGUUUCAGAGGUGCUGACUGUUUACUGGGAGCUGGCGGCCACCUGUGACUCGCCAGUCGACUGGAGAUGCCAGGACGAAUACUCAGAAACCUUCAGCUCCCCAACGGAGGAGCUCCCCGUAGAGUCCACCUCACAGUAUUUUACAGACAGUUAUGAAAGGAACUCGGCAAAGGCCUCGCAGAGAAGACCGAGCAAAGACCUGUACAGGCUUGGCUUCAUCAUUACGUCCAUCUGCGGAGGACUGCUAAUUAUAUUUACACUCUACUGUCUCAUCAUAAACAAGAAAUUCUUCACCCAUCAUAGAUCAAGAAUACUGACACACUCGAGCGAUGAUCGACAGGACGCGGAGCUAGCGCUGCAGUAAUGGACCGAGGAGUGAAUCCUUUGACAUGCAGACAGAGCCUUUGGAAAGCUGUACAUUUCAUCCUUCACAAACAAGUUUUCAUGUCUUCAUGUAUGUGUGUAAUAUUUCCAGCUUAGAUUUUUAAUCAGAGUCUUUGCUUUGUGUAAGAAUUAAUGACAAAUUAAUGAUAUGCUGUACAUAACAUGCUUUAUCUGUUGAAGAUGCUUUUAUGAGUUCACUAAAAAACUAAAAGUAUUAUGUUGGUUAUCUCUUUGCUAAAAAUCACUGAGUUUGAAAACUGUGCUUUUAUAAGUUAUUUAUUAUCUGGACUCUGUUGAAGACCUAUAUUAAUAAUAAACUUUACCUGCAUUGUUGUACAUACAAAUUAAGAAUUAUAAAUGAGUUCUCGUUUAAUCACCCACAAGUUACAUUUAAAUAGACUCAUUUAGCUAAAGGAAUACUAUGUACAUUUUGAACAGAGGUUUUGUGGAAAGGUUAUGAACAGUAAAAAAAACUCUAUUUGUAGAAUUAGAGCUUAAUUCUAACCUGGCACGUCUGAAGGAGCCAAGACUAAAGAUAAUUCUUAAUUUUAAAAUAUUCUGAACUCCAAAACCUCCCAGCAGUUUGUGCAAACUGCAUUUUAUAAACACAAAAAUAGAUAUAAAUGUCAAUAAACUUUUUGUUAUUGGAUUUUAUGGUUAUUUUCCAGCUCUGAUGCAGCCUGGAUGAACUUUUUAUUUCCCCCCAAAUAACCAAAUAAUCCAAAAGGUUUUUAAAACAUAGCAUUGGCAUGAUUGGCUAUGAUAUUUAUUCAUGGACUCAUUAUAAGAAGACAAGCAUCAGUUUUACUCUUGACCUCAUUUGGACCAGUAAUUCACUUGUGAAUAGUGACAGAAUGAAAAUGUAUGUAGGUUAAAGUCAUUCUAAGAGCUAUGCACAACAGGUAAGAUAUUUAUUGUUCAUAACCGUUGGAACCCCACUUCAAAAUGUGUACAUAUUUUGCAUCACUUUAAAUUUAAUAUGUUAUCUGGACAGCAAAGUUUUGUUUACAUGUUAUGUUGCUCUACUGUGAACUAUUUUAUCAUUUUCAACACAUUUUCACAAAAAAUUCCAUAGUCAGUCCUUUUUAUUGACAGAUCAAUCAUUUGUAUCACAGUUUCUAGAAAAAUAGUUUGUUGAGGUUGUUUUUACUAUCGGAGAAAAGAAGGUAAAAUUCCAGAUGAACAAGCUACAAAAGUGAUUAACAGUUUAAUCAUGGUAAACAACAAUUACAUGACGUUAAUGUGAAAAAAAAUAACAAUGUCUUAUUUCACUGUAAUGACUUUCACUUGUGUUUACUGUGUGAUGGUCCCACCUUAAUGUUUUAUAAGAAUAAAUUGCAUAAUGCCUGAGUCUGAGACACUUUCUCAUGAAGUGAAGUCUUUGCAUGUGUCUCAACAGACCGCAUCAGGAAAAAAAAAUCCCACAUGUGAUUAAGUGCACAUGUGUUGGCUUCUCUUUUGUGUUUUAAAACUCGAUGUAGGAAGCAGAGAAGGACGAGGGAGAAGCAGACGUACUUCGGCGGCUACCACUCUUUGUGUGCAAAUGUUUGUAGGACUGGUAGUAAAUCACUCUUCAUCCCAGUGUGUUGUCCCAUUACAAAACAAGGAAAAUAUUUUUAUAACUCAAUGUAGUGUCUUUUCGUAGACAAUUAAAGGCAGCUGUGGAGAGGUAGAGAGUUGUUUUGAACUAUUAAUAUGUAAAAAUGUGUUUUUUAAAAAUAUGGUCCUGGUUUUUCCCAGCCGCUUUGUCUUUUUCCUUUAAAAUAACAAAGACUGCAGCAAAGAUAUUGUUACAAAAAGCCUUUGGUGAAUUGUCACUGAGCAGACGUAGCGAAGAUGAAGUCAAUGUUAAAUGUUGGCGAAGCCCCCAAAAAGAAUGUUCAAAUAAAUCCCAGAAUAUUAUAAGAUUUUCCAGAAGCUGCUAAUGUAAAAGUAUUAGAACACUUUUUUUAUUUAGUUAAAAGUAGAGUAGUGCAAAUUCAUCAUUAUUUCUGCUUUAUGCAAUAUAAAUAUGCUGUAAUCAGCUCAGCAGCUAAAUUCCAUCCUCUGUCCUGAGGCUGGUACAAGAAAUAAAAUCAUAAGUAAAAAAAAACAUAACAAAUACAACUGAUUAAAUUAUCCAGAAACAAAAUAAAACAAACAUGCACUAAAAAUGUCUCAUUUUUUAUGAAUGAGUGCAUGAUUGAUUUGCUUUUAGCCAAGGUUUAAGAUGCUAUUAAAACUUAAAUUACUGUCACUGUCACUGACAUGAAUGUUUCCUUGUCACUUUUUUGCCCAAAUUUUGUUCUCUGUCUUGGUGUAAAACAGCCUCUGCUAAUUUGAGAUUUAUUCUGGGAUUAUACUUCUGGAUAAAAAAAGAGUUUAAUAGUGGAUGGGUUACAGACUUUUAAAGCCUUAAAAAAUAAGACUUAGAAUUUAACGUUGUGCAUUUAUUCAGGCCUUUCUGUGUGACAUUCACAUGUUCCUCUGUCUGGAUUCUUUGGUUUUCUCUCGUGGCCUAAAAUCCCCAAGUGUGUAUUGUAUUUUUCUUUUUCUUUUUUCUGUUAUUGUUGUUGUCUCUUUUCUCUGUGGUCUUGGAAACAAUAAUAUAAGGGGUGGGGCUUCCUCUAAGGUUUUUACAGAAGUAUAAGUUCUAAAGCAGCACAAACUCAUUC